GUUUUACGGAAAAAAGUCAAAUCGCCGUUGGUUUCUGCGGGACAAGCGUCAGUAACGGCAUGGGCAACCGUUGUCAACUUUUUGUGCAUUUGUGUAUAUUCACAUAAAAUGGGGUUGCCGUGUGGCGAAGCGAGGUGAAGCAAAAUGUUUAAUACGCUUCAUAAAUUCAGACAGACGAAUGGAAAAAUUGUGUUGAUGUAAACAAAAACAAAUAAAUUCACACACAACUCGCACUUACUGUACACAUAUGUAAUGAAAAGUAAGCGGCCGAAGCGAAUUCAAUAGUCUAAAUGCAAGUAUUUGUCCCAAAUCUCUCAAAAUUGUACAAUUGAAUUGUAAACUCUAUCCAGUCUUCUGACAAAGUGUCAAAAGUAUGAUGUUUUUAUUUCAAUCUUUCAUUCGCAAAGUUUUUUCAAUGAGAUAGAUAAUUUACAAAGCUGGAAAUUUAUUCCUAUUUGUUGAAAACAUAAGUGUAUUUAAAUAAUUACGAAUGCAAAGACAAAGUAUUUAAGGUGGAAAAUGUCCAAUUUUAACUACAUGGACAAAGUUCCUGUUAAAAUAGCAGAAAGUUAUAAGCCACCACCGAGGUUGUACCAACUGCCACAGGCCAUAUUUCAUAAGCUACAAUUACCAGUCGGGUAUUACAACGAAGCGCAGCAAUUCCGCUAUGACUUCCAGUUGGAACGAAAGGUUCUUGCCAAAAUGCCUGAAUGGCGACGUCUUCGUCAGCAGGAACGUGACGCUCGACGUGAAAGAAAAGAGCAAAGAGAGCAAGAGCGCCUACUCGAGCUAGAGGCUAAAAAUAAACAAAUGCUUGGUGCUGUAAGUUAUCCCAGUGCUGAUGAUUUGUCAAGUUCGGACAGUGACUCGGAUGAGAAAAAGCAUGAAGGGCAAAAAAGUAAAGAUAGUGAAAAAAGCGAACCGGACUCAGAAGCGAAGUUGAUUUUAUCGUCGCAAAUCAACAGUUUUGACAACAUUCUACAACCAACAAUUAUAAGCAGAAAAUUUGAAAAUUCGCAAACAAGUUGUAUAUUAGGAUCAGAUUUGCAACCAUUUGCUAAGACUGGAAAAUAUUCCAAUGUUGCAAAAGAUGUCAAUGCAUUUAAUUACAAAGACUUUGAAGAAGACACAUCAUCACCUUUUGAUAAUAUAGAGUUAAAAACAAUUAACGACUUGGAUAUAUUGGCCCAAGUGCUGCAUAAUACCCAAAUGCAUAUACAACAAAAAGAAACCGUACAAGAAGACAAUGUGAAAAAACAAUCGUUUGAUAAUGAAACGGAAAAAGAUAAAGAAGUUACAAAAGAACUAAUAACCAAAGAUAAUACUCUCAACAUUAGAACCGGUGUUAAAAACGAAGCCGAAAAUAAUGCAUCAUUGAAAUUAGAAGAUAAACCGUCUGAAUUUAACUUAGAAAUAUUAGAAAAAAGGAAAACAGAACUUAGAAACGUAAACUUUGGUAAUUUAUAUUCCCAAGGUUGUUAUAACGAAAACAUUCCGUAUGCAAUUAUUACAAAUAAUAGCAUUACUAAUAACAGUAACAUACCCCUAAACACUUCAUACAGUUCUUAUUCUAAUCCACAACAACAAUCUUAUCAAAUGACUUACGGAGCAUUAUACGGUGGUAUGGGUGAACAACAAUAUAAAAACUUCACUGCUCAAACACAUGGCUCCUCUAUUGUUAGCAGUAAUCGAAACUACCUAUAUCCACCGAAUUACAGUAGUGGUACUUCAACAUAUUGCAGUCCAAAACAUUUACUGCAAACUUCCUCUAUCGUUAAAUCCGCUUGUAAUGCAGGUAGCUAUGAAAACACAAUAUCAUCCAGCAAUGGGGUACACAUGCAAACUCGACAGCAAAAUCUUAGUAUGAACAGUUGCAAUGACACGACAUUAAAAUCGAAGAGCGUGCCAGAUAUAUUGGCUGAAUUGAGUGAUGAAGUUCGGAAUUCAGAAAUUCGCAGAUCUCGUUAUUACAGCUUUAAUUCGGAAGAAGGAAAGCAAAGUGGAGAUAAAAAUGAUAGUGAUGAAGAUCCAACCCCAAAGCAAUCACCUGUGAAAAAACCAUCUUCAGCAAAUGUGAAUCAUUACGACAAUUUACCCGUCCCUGCACAACGAUUGGUCAAGAAUAUUAGUGCAAUGGGUUUUCCGUUGGAGCGGGUUGCAAAGGUAUCCACUAUUUUCGGGACAGAUGAUAAAAAGAUUAUUGAGCACUUGAUAUCGCUGAGUGAAUUGAUGGAUUUGGGUUUCGAUGAAAUGAAAAUAUCUGAUGCGCUAAUUCAAUACGAUAACAACAAAGAAAAAGCUUUGGAAUAUUUAAUUUCGUAAUGACGUGUGUAUGGCAUAAUAGUGUACUACAACAUAUUAUAUGUAUGUAUUGUAUUAUUAUUCUAUUAAGCAACUAUACAAAUAGAUAAUCUUACAACAAAAUCUGUGAACUGUAAAUUGGCAUACAAUUAUUAUGCUACGCCUCUUAUAUGAAAUUUCUAAACUGCUUAAAUCUUGAAAAAAAAAAAUUUAAAUUAAACUCAUGAUAGAAGCGUUAUAUUUUUACAGGAAAUAUUGCACAUACGAAAACCUAAAUGUUCAUUUAGCAAAUAAACAAAGAACCACAAGAUCAUAUAGUAAAA